AAGUGCACUCAAAAGGCAUUUUCUGAGGAGUGAUUGUGAUCGCUCUUUCUCCUUCUAUCCGAAAAUAUUUUUCAAAGCCAAUUUGUUUUCUGCCAACAAAUUGAGUUGCGCUUAUUGACCUUAAAAAAUGGGCACGAAAUCGCAGUUAAUUACGGGAUUGACCUUGCCAUUACCGAAUGCUUCUUCUUCGUCAUCGUCUUCAAGCUGUAGUAACAGACUCAGCAUGGUGAAGAAGCCCCUGACGACAUCGUUUUUUAAUGGCGGAGUGGGUGCUUUAAGAGUUACAAGGUUAAGAAUUGUUCAUCCCAGCCAAUCACAUUGUUAUAGACAAGGUGGAGGAGCACUAGGCACUCGUAUGAAUCUUUUUGACCGGUUUGCUAGAGUUGUCAAGUCGUAUGCAAAUGCACUAAUAAGUUCGUUUGAAGAUCCAGAGAAAGUUUUAGAGCAAACAGUUAUUGAAAUGAAUGAUGACUUGGUAAAGAUGCGCCAGGCCACAGCACAAGUUUUAGCAUCCCAAAAGCAGUUGGAAAAUAAGUACAAAGCUGCACAACAAGCUUCUGAAGACUGGUACCGUAGGGCACAGCUUGCUCUUCAGAAAGGUGAUGAGGAUCUCGCUCGUGAAGCUCUCAAGAGACGUAAAGCUUAUGCUGAUAAUGCUAGUGCUUUAAAAGCUCAACUUGAUCAGCAAAAGGGUGUUGUUGAGAAUCUUGUCUCAAAUACACGGCUUUUGGAGAGCAAGAUACAGGAGGCAAAGUCAAAGAAAGAUACUCUGAAAGCACGUGCUCAGUCUGCAAAGACUGCAACCAAAGUGAAUGAGAUGUUGGGGAAUGUCAAUACAAGCAGUGCUCUUUCAGCUUUUGAGAAAAUGGAAGAAAAAGUCUUGGCAAUGGAGUCCCAAGCUGAUGCUCUUAAUCAGUUAACUACAGAUGAUCUUGAAGGGAAGUUUGUACUGCUCGAGAGCUCAUCAGUUGAUGAUGAUCUUGCGAACCUUAAAAAGGAACUAUCUGGUAGCUCUAAGAAAGGAGAGCUUCCUCCUGGAAGGGUGGCUGCAGCAAGCACGACUUCUUUUCCUUUCCAGGACUCUGAGAUUGAGAACGAGCUGAAUGAAUUGAGGCGGAAGGCUAGGGAAUUCUAAAGUUCAAACUAUAGUAAUGAACUUCAGCAUUGCAAACUUCUGGAAUUCAUAUUUUGAGCAGAAAACUCGACAAGUUUUGUAAUGCCUGCAAGUUAAAUUUGUGAAGCUAAAAGGCCAAAAAGAUUCAACAUUGUAUAGCUAGAGGCCCAGCUGAAAUCAGUUGUAUUUUUUAGAUACUGAGAAUGCCUGUUUUUUUUGUACAUGAAAUAAUUUUUUUAAUUUUUAAAAGUGAUACUUAAUAUUUUAGGAUGAA